AUGGUUGAUAUCGUAAUGACAUCUGCAAGCGAUUUCGAGAAUAUUUCAAGUACAGUGAUGGAUACCAGUGAGAACGAGAAUAAGAAUCCGAUCCAGAAUGAGGAUCGGAUUCAGGGUGAGGAUGAAGAAGAGAGGAAAGAGGAGGGUGAAGAGGAGGACGAGGGCGCAGACGGGUUUGGCGAUGAGAUGGAAGAGGGAGAGAUCUUUGAUGAUGACGAUAACAAAGGCAAUAAUUUGGACAAAACGCUGAAUAAGAUCAUUUCAGAGGGCGGCGAUUCGACAGCAAAGAGUAGUGCAUCGAGUACUUCUAUGCUCGCAACACCCACAUCUGGAACAACACCGCAACAGCCACAAACACAAGCAAGUCAGCCACCAGCGAGAAAAGGACGGGAUUUCGACCGAGAAGAGACGAAGAUUUAUCAAUUAGGACGGAGCAAUAGUGAAAUGAAUUCGGAACUUCAGGCGUCUCGAGGUAGUGAGGGGAGUAUGCUGAGUUCAUGGAUGAGUGGUUUGAAGCAAAGGACAAAACCGGCCGGUGCGAACCCAUCGUCGGCUGCACCAUCGACAACGGCAUCGAUUGAUUCGAAUGAGGAGUAUUAUGGGUAUGGGAAUGCCACCCCGCCAAAGGAGGGUACUGCUGAUAAGGAUUAUAGAACGAGGAACACAGAACAUGCUGAUAAGGAUUAUCGUUGGGGUUCAGUGCAUGAAGGUGAAGCAGCGCAUCAUCACGGCACGAAUCAAGAAUCACAUAACGAGUUCGGUGAUAGUGAUUAUCGUUCAAUUUCACCGAGGAUCGAUAGGAGACGACGUCGUUCACCAAGUCCAGGAUAUGGUGGAAUGAAUAAACGUAUCCGUGGACAUUCACCACCGAUGCGAGGUGGGUAUCGAGGUCGGGGUUUCAGAGGCAGGUGGGGCGAUAGGCAAAUAUGCAAGUUCUUCCGUGAAGGAUAUUGUCGAGAUGGUGAAAAUUGCUCAUAUUCGCAUGAUGCAGCUGAUUCGGGUCGUAAACCGGAACUGUGUAAAUUCUAUCAGCAAGGAUUCUGUAAGAAGGGCUUGCAAUGUCCACUUCUUCAUGGCGAAUACCCAUGCAAAGCGUUUCAUAAAGGUGAAUGCUCAAAAGAUCCAUGCCAGUUCUCGCACGUUCCUCUCAACAACUUCACACAACCCAUCUUCGAUCAGAUGAUGAAGGAUGAUGAACUGGCAUCACGUAUCGCUAUUCCGCAAGCUCCACUCAAGCGACGAGUGCUCAUUCCGGGUGGUCCCUCACCGAAUGCGCCACCUGGCUCGCAGUCUCCGGUCUCGUCGGCGCUUACUGCUGUCGCAACGAUGAGCAACAGCACAGCCGAGACAAUGCUCGGUGGUGUAGUCCCCCCGCCCAGUGUUGUCGUACCAACACUGUCCACGAACGCCGUCUCGGCCGGUAUUGCGGCCGUGACAAUUGCUCAACCCCAACUGGUCAUUCCCCCGGCCCUUUCAACAACCACCUCGGCAGCAGCACUGACCACAACAAGCCUCGUAGCCUCACAACAACAACCAUCCGCAUCUAGCAGCACCUAUCCAGUGUUUCUUCAACAUGCUCAUCUCCUUCAACAGCAAUCGGGCAUUAUCGAUCCGAAUGCAAUAGUUGCCACUUCCUCGUCGAAUGCUCUUCUUCCAACUAUGCCUAUCUCAACAAUAGCAACAACUGCAGCAGCAGCAGCCAUGACAAACAUUGAGGUGCAACCAUUCCAGGGUAUUUCCCCGUCACUGAUCACCGAAGCGGCAAAAGAUGAUGACGAUGAUGGCGAUACUUCGUUCAAUAUCAAUAAAAUGCUCGAGCAGAUCACCUCAAAAGUCAAAAAAGAUGACAUUGAUGAUAUCUCGGAAUCUCCAGCAAGUCCUCCAAUGUUCAGCGGUGUUUCUGACCUGAUGGAGAGCGCUCCGACAACAAUCCCUCAAACGAAUUUCAUUCAGUGGAAGUUGAUCGCCAUCGAUGGUAUUCCUACACCACAUUCCAAUAUCGAUGCUAGCGUACUUCAGCAGUCGAUAACUGAUGCAAGUUUACGUAACGAUCCACGAAUCAAAAAAGCUCUAUCGUCACAAUUCGACGCUUUCACAAAUUCGCUGAUGCGAUCCGCAUUACAGCCGUCUCAACAGCAGCAAUCAGCUAAAGAUGAACAACAGACUUUGUUAUUAUCAUUUUUAAGAAGUGCCAAAGCAGCUGAUCCUCGUAUGGUAGCAGUGGCUCGUGAUCCACGAAAGCGAUCCGCAUUAAUUGCUGAUCCGCGAACGACUUCAACCCUUCCAACGGAUCCGCGACUCGCGACGGCAUCCUCAUCGCUAGUUGAUCCGCGUACUGUUCCCAACCAGUUAUCUACUAACGAUCAUCAACGGUCAACCUCUCUACCCUCUCAAACAAAUGGUCAGAGCAAUGCCAUGUCCACUCCAUACGCCCUACAAACUGCCUCUACCUCGUCAGCAAUGGCAGGCGCAGAUCAGCUCUAUGCACCGUCAUCUCGCGAUCAAGAUCAUCGUAACAACUCGUCAGUAUAUCGAUCCUCUCCAUCCCACUAUCGAUCCUCACCACCAACUCAAUAUCCUUCUGAUGACAGGACUGGUGUGCCUUCAGAUGCUCGUCGUGGAUCUACAUCUGCCAGCACUACAAGCAGUUGGAUGCCUCAGAUGCAUACAGCGGGUGAUCCUCGAUUCAGUGCCAGAAGAUCUCGUGAGUAUGGAAACGUACCGGGAUAUGGCAGUAAGGAUCGAGAUGAUCGAGAAGUGCAUAACGUUGAUGGAAGUGGCAACCAGACGGCGGUAUCGACUGGUGCCGAGAAUAGUAGUAACGGUACUAGUAAUACUAGCCAAAGCACCAACACAUCGUCAACAAAUUCGUCACGAGCUCCGAUCUCGUUGCGUGAAAAGAGGAAAAACAACGAAUAUGAGAGUCCGUUGAGUCGAGUGCCGAGUGCACCGUCAAGAUGGCAAUUUGAGAAAUCCGAAUGGCUGGAUACCUCCGAGAUUGCUCUGGUUGGGCGAUGCUCGAAAAUGAAAACUGAAAAUCGUGCAUCUAGUGAGUCUUUUCGUUUCGGUUCCAUCUUCUAUUUUACUUAUAAGCCAUGUGAUGAAUAUCUACUGGUUUCUUAA